AAUUGAUGUAUCUUAUCUUCAUUUAGUAGUGCAAGCUGCAAGAACAUCGUGCACAUUGGAAAACACAGGUGAAGAAGAAGAACCUUGAAGAGAUUGUUUAGAUUGCAAGAAGUAGAAGUCAUCAUGGAAUUCACUAGUCUGCUGAAUACUACUUCACUUGAUCUUAAUGUCAAACCUCUCAGAUUUCUCGACGAUGCUCCUUCACCGAAACAAGAAUUGGAGAGCACUUCCAUUGAGUUGGGCAGACAUGUGACUAUGAGACAAGAGAGAAGUGCUUUGAUAGAGGAGCUGAAUAGGGUGAGUGCUGAGAACAAGAAGCUGACAGAACUGCUAACGGUGAUGUGUGAGAACUACACUGAACUGAGAAACCAAUUAAUGGAGCAAACAAGCAAGAAUCUUGGAGUAGUGGAUAACAUUAACACAGCAGCAUCAAGUAAGAGGAAAGCUGAAAGUAGCAUCAACAACAACAACAACAGGACGACAAACAUUGGCCCUUCAGAGAGCAGCUCUAGUGAUGAAGAUUCGUCCAAGAAACCAAGGGAAGAGCACAUCAAGGCAAAGAUUUCAAGGGUUUACGUUAGGACGGAAGCAUCCGAUACAAGCCUUAUAGUUAAGGAUGGCUAUCAAUGGAGGAAAUAUGGGCAGAAGGUUACCAGAGACAACCCUUGUCCAAGAGCUUACUUCAAAUGCUCCUUUGCUCCUACCUGUCCUGUCAAGAAGAAGGUUCAAAGAAGUGUAGAAGAUCAAUCAAUUGUGGUUGCAACUUAUGAAGGGGAACACAACCAUCCUCACCCCACAAAACCGGAGACGACAUCAGGAUCCAACAGGAGCUUGACUCUAGGCACUGUGCCAUGCUCCACGUCUAUCAGCUCAUCUGGGCCAACGAUAACUCUUGAUCUCACAAAACCAAAGCCAAGUCAUGAUGAAAUGACGAGUUUAAGAGACAAAAUUGAUGCACCAGAAAUACCGAAGUAUCUUGUGGAGCAGAUGGCUUCUAUCUUAACCAAAGAUCCCAAUUUCAAAGCAGCCUUCGCAGCUGCUAUUUCUGGAAAGUUUUUGCAACAAAGUAAUUAGUCAGAAAAAUGGCAGUUAUGUAUGUUUGGAGCUUCAUCAGUGAUUGGGAGCUUCAAGUGAAGCAGACGGUGCAAGUUCAAGUCACUCUGGAUUGGUAUUCUUAGCAAGAAUGAAAAGAAGUGGGAACAAAUUUUGUCUUUGUGCCUGAACGCAAACUGCGGAUAUCAAGCUUGUGGAAUUGUAUGUCUGGCCUAAUUCAGACAAUCAAGGGAACAAGGAAAUUGAAAGUUUGUAAUUGAUGUGAGAGGCGUAAGCCUAGCUGUAUCAACAACAAUCAAGUGAAUCCAGAGGGAAAAAGAAAUAGUUGGAAAGAGUAGUAUAGGGAAACUCCAUCGCAAUUGGUCUAGCAUAGAUUUUUCACUUGUGAAUUCGGUUUAUGAUUUAAAAGAAAGUUGAUUAAGCCAAA